AUGGUGUGGGCCAAAUCAGUGAUUUUCGCCACUUUGUUGGUUGCCGUUUAUUCGGCUGGUGAUGUAUUGGAGUAUACGGACGCCAAUUUUGAGGAUGCCAUCAAGACGCAUGAAAUUGCUCUUGUGAAGUUCUACGCGCCAUGGUGCGGACAUUGCAAAAGAAUGGCUCCAGAAUACGAGAAAGCCGCUCCAAAACUCGCCGCCAACGAACCACCAGUUGCUCUCAUCAAGGUUGAUUGCACCACCGAGAAGACCGUUUGCGACAAGUACGGAGUAAAGGGAUUCCCAACUUUGAAGAUUUUCCGCAACGGUGAGGCCGCUCAAGACUAUGAUGGACCACGUGAGGCUGAUGGAAUCGUCAAGUACAUGCGUGGACAAUCGGGACCAUCAUCUCGGGAAUUGAAGACUGUCGCCGAAUUCGAAAAGUUCAUCGGUGGAGAUGAGAACGUUGUUGUUGGAUUCUUCGAGAAUGAGAGUAAGUUGAAGGAUUCUUUCCUCAAGGUUGCUGAUACCGAAAGGGAUCGUUUCGCUUUUGCUCAUACAUCGAAUGCCGAUAUUUUGAAGAAGGCUGGAUACACCGACGACGUUGUUGUUUUCGUUCCAAAGAAGCUCCACAAUAAGUUUGACCCCAAUGAGUUCAAAUAUGACGGAAAUUACGACACCGAUAAGAUCAAGAACUUUUUGGUUCAAGAGACUGUUGGACUCGCUGGAAUCCGUACUCGUGGAAACUUGUACCAAUUUGAGAACAAGCCAAUUGUUGUUGUUUACUACAACGUUGAUUACGUCAAGGAUCCAAAGGGCUCGAACUACUGGAGAAACAGAGUUUUGAAGGUUGCUCAGAACUACAAGCGCAAGGUUCAAUUCGCCGUUUCGAACAAGGAAGAAUUCUCUCAAGAGAUUGAGGAGAACGGAUUGGGAGAACGCAAGGAUUCCGACAAGCCAAUUGUUGCAAUGAUCACCAAUGUUGGAAAGUUCCCAAUGGAUCAAGAAUUCAGCAUCGAUAACUUGUCCCAAUUCGUUGAGGAGGUCCUUAGCGGAAAUGCCGAGCCAUACAUGAAGUCUGAGCCAAUUCCAGAUGAGCAGGGAGACCUUAAGGUUGCCGUCGCAAAGAACUUCAAGGAAUUGAUUCUGGACGCGGACAAGGAUGUUCUCAUUGAGUUCUACGCUCCAUGGUGUGGACACUGCAAGGCCUUGGCUCCAAAAUACGAAGAGUUGGCCACUAAGCUUUCCAAGGAAGAUGUUGUCAUCGCCAAGAUGGACGCCACCGCCAACGACGUUCCACCACUCUUCGAAGUUAGAGGAUUCCCAACUCUCUUCUGGAUUCCAAAGAAUGCCAAGUCGAACCCAAUCCCAUACAACGGUGGACGCGAAGUCAAGGACUUCAUCAACUUCAUUGCUAAGCAUUCUACUGAUGGUCUUAAGGGAUACACUCGUGAUGGAAAGAAGAAGAAGAGCGAAUUGUAA